AUGGAGACCAAAGAAGACGAAGUAGACUAUCUAUCGCUCCUCCCUCUGGAGAUCUGGCAUCAGAUCCUCCUCGAGGUCUACCCACCAAUUGCUUCCGUGGAUCCAAACUCUCCAUUCAUUCCAAUGACUAUAAUGCUAAUCCUUUACAUACAAAAAAUGCGUGCGUCGCUCAGACUCGUCUGCAGAAAGCUCGAGCCUAUCGCUCUCGAGGUCUUAUUCAGGGAGAUUAUUGUGUCAGAUAGGGCACCGCGAUGGAAGCGAUUACUUGAUACCUUCGAGGCGGGGAAUCCUACUACGUCUCUGCCUCUCUCCCGUACCACCGGUGCCCUUAUUUGUCUCCCUUGGCGGAGUUCACUCGAGGAUAAUGCAUACAAUUGGCUUUGCAAAUUGCGUGAGUACUGUCCUCGGAUCAAGCGGAUCACCGUGUUUGGACGCAAUAAAGAUGCUUCGAAUGAGCGCGUCGAAUGGCUAUCCGGCGUCGAAUCAGUUUUUUACUCCGCCUCAUUCUUAGAUUCAAAAUUCCUACAAAAUCUCUCUAUUCACAACCCCUCUCUUCAUACUCUGAUUCUCUGCGUCGACUAUCUCGUGCUCAAAAAGCCUGUGACGUUCCCAUGCGUUACAAAUGUCUUUCUCUCGUUUGCGGAACGUGAUGGACUUUCAAAUUUCAUUUUUCCACGAAUCCGAUGGCUCGGCAUCUCCCUCAGCCGGCGGGACCCUGCCAGUUGUUUGGGAUUCUUUCGGACGAAUGGUCUGAAUCUGGAUUACUUGGAACUCAUCAGGACGGAAUAUGCGCCCGUACCUAUCAUAGCAAGGGAGCUCGCAGGAUUGACGGCAGAGAUUCUCAAUCUAUGCCCCCGACUUGCGGUCCUAAAGGUGGAUGCCAGGGUCAUCGACGAUACUAAGCCACGGCUAUUCACUCUACCUGCUCAUACUCUAAUCCUCAAGGCUGAUGACGUGUUGAGUGCGGAAAUAGCUCUUCGCUGGUGGCUGUUUGACUCGGGAGGUCAGGUUCCUGUUGGCUUCAGGAAAGUUGACCUCAAGUUGCGCAAGUAUAAAGACUUUGACAAGGAUCACAUCGCAAUUGGUAUGCUUUCCAAAUCUGAGUCAUGCUGUUUAGACUUAGGCGCUACGUUCGUCACGGAGUAUAUUCUUUAA